AUGCGCAUUGCAUUUCUUUUCUCAUUCGCCCUAUUUGCCGGGGCCGUCGUCUCAGCCACUUCACGUAGCGGACGAACUCCAUUGGCACGCGGGAAGCAGGGCACUUAUGCUGGUAUACAGCUUAGCAACCAAGUUGACGCUUUCCUCGGGGUUCCAUAUGCUGAGCCUCCUAUUGGGCCUCUUCGCUUCCUCCCUCCACAGCCUCUCAAACGUUCGAAGCUCGUCAACAAGGUUGAUAUAAACAAUGCCACCGAAUUCAGUCCAGUAUGCUAUCAGUUCAACUAUCGUACUGUUCUGGGGGCGGCCACACUCCCUCGAACAGAAGAAUCUGAAGAUUGUUUGACUCUAAAUGUACACGUGCCUACAAUGGCGGCCUGUGGUCGGCUGCUCCCCGUUUUCAUAUGGUCGUUUGGAGGUGCGUUCGCUGAAGGAGGUGGCAGUGUACCACUCUAUGAUCCUACAAACUUUGUUGCAGAGAACAAGGAUAUAAUUGUGGUAAUUUGGAAUUACCGCCUGAAUAUCUUCGGGUUUCCAAACUGUCCAGCUCUCGAUGCCCAGAACCUUGGUCUAAGAGACCAGCGAGCCGCAUUAGAGUGGCUCCGUGACAACAUUGCCGACUUUGGAGGCGACCCAACACGCAUGGUGCUCGGUGGACAGUCUGCGGGCGCAGACGCAGGGCACGCUAUGCUCUAUUCUCACUCCAAAGACCCAAUAAUAAGUGCCAUUGCCAUGCAGAGCGGCUCUGUCCAAGUAAUAGGUGCGGCAAGCGAUAAUGCCGAUGCCGAAUUCAUCCGCGUUGCAGAGACGGUGGGUUGCCGAGACAGCGCAAAUCGGGCGAAAGAGCUAGCCUGCAUGAGACGAAUCGACGCCCACAGACUGAAGCAUGCUGUAUCAAACAAAACUGUUAACUAUUUCGGAUCUCCGCCCGGAGGCAGCCCAAUGAUAGACAAUGUAACACUGUUCACAUUGGCCGAGUAUGCGUACCGAGGGCAGAAAGGGAAGUUCGCAAAAGUCCCUACGCUUAUGGGAAUUAUGGAUGCUGAAGGGGACGGCGUAUCGAACUGGGAUGCUAAAGCCGGAGUGAAUAGAAUGUUGUCCAAUAUUCUGACAAUCACAUUAUUCAACUGCAAUAUUGCUCUCGAAUCAAGCUAUCGAGCGUUAAACUCAGUCCCUAUUUGGCGGUAUCGAUACAUGGGAGUUUUCCCCGAAGUGACGCCUUACUCGUGGCUAAGGGCAUAUCAUAUCGCGGAUGUCCCAAUGCUCUUGGGGAGCCAGGAUGCAAUUACUGCGCAUUAUACUUCAAGCCCUUCAGAAAAAAGGCAUUACAGAAAUGCAGCCCAAAUAUUCCGUGGAAUCUUUGCAAGCUUCAUCAGAGAUCCCUUCAAUGGAUUGACAGAUAACUACGAUUGGCCAACGUUCUCCCCUCAUGCUAAAACAUUGAUGGAGCUGUUUCCCAAAAACUCUGCAACAGUUCUAUUGAGCGACCCAAGCACAUAUGACAAGAUCUGUGAGAACCCUCCUCCUAUUCCAUGGGAGCUUUUCAAUUCAACUGGGGCAACGUCAUCGGGGAGCAGUGAGUAA